AAACACCAAUUAAUUCUCCCAAUCUUAGUAGUAAAAAGCGGGGUAGUGAUUCUACAGAAAAAUUCUCUAGUAAAAAAAUUAAGCCAGUUAAUAGGGAUAGUUCACCAACUUUAAAGAAGUUAAUUAAAGAAUUGACUACUCCAAUUUCCAGGCAAAUUUCAUCAGAAAACAUUAUUACUUUACAGUCAGAUAUUUCUGAAAUGAACAUAGAUUCAGUUAAUUUUCACGAAUUAAAUGAAAAGAUUAUCAAAGCUGAAGAUAAUAAUCAAAAAACCAAUCAAGUCGUAAUACGUUCAUAUUAUUAUUUCGGAAAAGGAUAUAAUUUAUGGUAUGAUUUUUACAGGCAAUCUAAUAAUGAGGACACGUCUAAUGCUUUAGUUAAUGAUAAAAUCCGAGAGCAUAUUCCUGAUCAAGAUAAAAUUACUGAGACUAACCUUCGAAAAAGAAAAGAAAGUGCUAAAAAA